AUGAACAAGCCCGAGGUGCAGUCCGCGCUCCACGCCAACCAGAGUGGCGCCCUGCCCGGGCCUUGGCAGGACUGCAGCCAGGCCAUAGCCUACUCACGGGAUGACCUCCUGGGGUCCAUGAUCCCGGUGUACAAGGAGCUGCUGCGCGACGCCAAUCUAGUGAUCUGGGUGUUUUCGGGCGACGUUGACGGCAUCGUCCCUGUCCUGGGCAGCCGCCGCUGGAUCAAGUCCCUCGGACUUCCGGUGGACACCCCCUGGCGCGCCUGGCAGAGCCAGACCGGCCAGAUCGGCGGGUGGCGCGUCGAUUACGAGGGCCUCUCCUUUGUCACAGUCCGCAACGCCGGCCACAUGGUGCCCUACGUCCAGCCGGAGCGCGGGUACCACCUGGUCGCGGACUUCCUGGACGCCGCCUCGCAGCCGCCGCCCAGCCGCCGCCGCAGCAGCUGA